AUGGCUACUGCAUCAAAUUUUGACGAUCUUCUUCAAUGUCCCAUAUGUUUGGAUAUAUUACAUGAUCCAAAAGUUCUCGAUUGUCAACAUACAUUUUGUGCUAAUUGUUUAAAAGUACAUCAUGAAUCAUCGUCACGUCGAUUAGGGUCUUCAAAUAGUAUUGUUUGUCCAACAUGUCGUGUACCAUCAAAUUUAAUACAUAAUUCAAUUGAUAGUCUUCCGGGAAAUUAUAUUGUACGUGAUAUAAUCGAACGACAAUAUGGUACUAUAACACCUGAUCGUCCACCUGGUUAUGCACAACAAAUUCAAGAUCGUAUACAACGAAUGAAAAAAGAAGAUACUGAAUCUGAUUUUGCACGAUAUUUAAAACCAGCAGCUGCUGCUCUACUUGGUGUCCUUGGUGGUUUACUUUUAGCUAAAGGUGUAAAAAAAAUGUGUGACAAAGAUGAAAAAUAA